AUAACUCUGCCACUGGUUCUUCCGGGAGCACAGGGACAGACAUGGCAGCGGUGACCAGACUCCUCUCCGGCUCGCGCUGCCUUCUGGCCAGGUCCAGGGGCGGGAUGUCCGCGGUGCGGCGGCCGCUGAGGGCGGCUGGAGGCUGUCUGUGGACCGGGGCGGCGCGGCUCUUCAGCUCAGAAGACAAAGUUACAGUGAAAUUUAUAAAUCGCGAUGGAGAAACCAUUGUAGCAGAGGGAAAGGUUGGAGAAUCCCUUCUGGACCUUGUUGUAGCCAAAAACUUAGACAUAGAUGGUUUUGGUGCUUGUGAGGGGACGCUGGCCUGUUCUACUUGUCAUCUCAUCUUCGAGGAUCAUAUAUUCCGACAGCUGGAGCCAGUGACCGAUGAGGAGAUGGAUAUGCUGGAUCUCGCCUAUGGACUCACUGAAAUGUCAAGACUGGGCUGCCAAAUCUGCCUCCAGCCGUUCAUGAAUGGCAUGACUGUGAAAGUUCCCGAGGCGGUGGCAGACGUCAGACAAGCGGUGGAUAUGAGCAAGAGUUCUUGAAACCGGCCAAAUGCGAAGCGACUCUUGGCAUUUUUUUUUAUAUUCUAGUUCUUAAUCCAAUGUAAUGAGGUAUCUUCUGCUGUAGGAUAGCAGUUAAAAUUUCUUUUGGAAAUUUGCCUUAAAGUGUAUUUUUGUUAUCUGCACGUCCCGGGGGGGUUGUUUGUCAGGACAAGACUGUCCUCUUCAUAUACAUGAGCUACUUCGAUCGUCCUAUGGGAGGCGCUAUGAGGACACACCACACCUUUUUCUUUGCCACCUCCAUAUAGGAGUUGGCAGUGCUCGAGGAAAUCAAGUGUGUAACAUACCUCAGCCAUGUUCUAGAUGAGCUCCGCUCGCCAGUCGUGAGAACAGAUACUCGAUGCAUCUAUCGUAUUGUCCUCCCCGACAUUUCUAAUACAAAAAAAAUCCAUGUUAACGGAGAUACAUUAAAGUGGUUGUGUGGGAUUACAGUAAAGGGGCUUGUGUAUUUAAUGUAGCUAAGCUGCAAUGCCAAAUACAGCCACUGCUCCUCAGGUGGGGGAUUUAAAUGACUGUGUUGGAUAUUUUGGGUUGAGAAGACAAGAAAAUUGAAAGCCAGAAUGGGAAUAUUUUAUCAAAACCAGGGGGACCGGGCUGCACAGGAUGUUUAUAGUGGAACUACAUUGACCUGUUUCAGGAUGGCCGCGAGUACUUUGAUUUCAGUCACGUCAGGAGCUGUUUUUUUGAUCAAACUAGGCACAACUGGUGAAAAUUCAUGAUGGUUAAUGAAGGACAUUCAUCAUUUUGAGUAAUAUUGGCUGUCAGAAAAUAUAUCUAGCGUUUUCUGUAAGCUCUAGGUCUCACUUUUUAUGUUUUCAGAUGGGCCUUGUAGGAACAAAGCUACCUGGAAACCAUCGAGAAGCAGGCUAACUACUGUUGACAGAUCUAUUUUUUUUCAACCCCUGCACUGGCCAUCUGAAGAGUAGUGCCCGGGUUCAGAGAACCCCUUUUUAAUCCUGAAGCAUCUUUCUGUUGUGUGGCUUUGUUCACUCUGUGCCUUUUUAUUUUAGUUACACUAAAGUUUUGUACUUUCAUGCGCCUCACUCUACUCCAGUGGACUCUUACGGUCUUGAGCGUUACUUCUUUUCCGAGGGUCUUCCAAAAAAUAAGUUAAUCACAGGGUAUCUUAUUGCUGGAACCCUGGUGCCACCACAGGGGCAAUGAAGCCUUACGUUGUCCCCUUUGAUUUCGGAGGCCGUCCAUGUAUUGCACACCACAGGUCAUGCAGGGCGAACCUGACAAACCCUUUACGUCUGUAUGCAGCUCCAGCCUAGCACUCCCUGCACUCAAGGUGAAUAUCAACAUAAUCCUUGCUGACGAUUCGGCCACUAUACAUGAAAUGGGGGGCUUCUUUUCAAAUAAUAAAUGUUUGGUGAGCAUGGAGUAAUUUGAGAAUGUUUUUUAGAAUUGUCAUGCUAUCAAAUAAUUUUCAAUAAAGUACAGUUUUCAGA